AUGAAGUUUGCGUAUAACAACAGUUACCACUCGAGCAUUGGUAUGGCUCCCUAUGAAGCUUUAUAUGGGAAACAGUGUAGGACCUCCUUGUGUUGGGAUGAAGUGGGAGAAAGACAACUUAUUGGUCCUGAAAUUAUUAAAAUCACAACAGAUAAAAUUAAGGUGAUUAGAGAGAGGCUCAAGAUGGCUCAAAGUAGACAAAAUAACUAUGCUGAUAACCGCAGGAAGAUUCUUGAAUUCCAAGUUGGUGAUUGGGUAUUUUUGAAGUUAUCUCCUUGGAAGGGUGUGGUAAGGUUUGGUAAACGUGGGAAACUAAGUCUAAGGUAUAUUGGUCCCUAUGAAAUUGAGGAACGAGUUGGUCUUGUUGCUUAUCGCUUGGCCUUACCCCCACAACUAUCUAGAUUACAUGAUGUCUUCCAUGUAUCCAUGCUCCGCAAGUACAUAGCUGAUCCUUCACAUGUGUUACCAACUCAACCCAUUACACUUAGAGAAGAUCUAUCAUAUGAAGAAGAACUAGUGCAGAUCCUUGAUCGUCGUGAGCAGGUACUCCGAAGUAAGGUUAUACCUUUGGUUAAGGUAUUGUGGAGGAAUCAUCUUAUUGAAGAAGCUACUUGGGAACCAGAGGAGCAAAUGAGGAAGCAGUACCCACAUCUUUUUCCAUGA